AUGGGAAACGUAAAAUCAAAUCUCAAAAGCAGAGGAAUAUUAACAAGUUCUUCUAAAAAAUAUACUAAAAAACGAAAUGAACUCCAACAAAUUGAACAAUCUGAACAGCCUGUGCAACCUGAGGAACCAAAGGAACCAACGUAUCAUUUAUCAAAUCAUGGUAACGAUGAUAUUGAUAGACAACAUUUUAAUCAUUUUUUUAGAAAACAUUUAUUUCAAAAUAAUUUUUCUGCUCCUAUUGAGGAGAAAUUAAUUCAAGGAAGAUGUAAAGUAUUGGAUACUGGAUGUGGUCCAGGUACAUGGUUGUUAGAUUUAGCGACUAAAUAUGAGAAUUCAAGAUUUUUCGGAAUUGAUAUAAAACCAGUAUAUCCAAUUGAAAUAAAACCUAAGAAUUUAGAGUUUUAUGAAGCGGAUAUCCUCAAUAAUUUACCAUUUCCCGACAAUGAAUUUGACUUCGUUCAUCAAGAAAUCAUGGCUCUUAUAAUUAAAAAGGUUGAAUGGCCCCGUGUGAUCUCUGAACUAAUCAGAAUAACGAGGCCAGGUGGGUUUAUCGAAAUUGUUGAAUAUAUUUCACCUGAUAAGAAUGGUCCGGUGAUGACUGAAAUGUACGACACACGUAAGUUAAAAAUUUCAUAUUAA